AUGUCUCGUCUUGCAUACCUUCUCUUCUACUCCAAUCUCUUGCUCGCCUGCAGCGCCCGUCCAGAGAGGCAUGGCCAUCAAGAGUUCUCCAAAUACUCGGAACAACUCUCAAACCGCAAAGAACUCCUCAGAUCUCUUGGGAAGGUUGAAUCGGUGGUCGAGUUCAAGUACGGCGCUUUCGACUCGAACAACAUCCAUGCGAGAGCACCCCAGACAUCGGACGAUGACUCGCAAACGUCUUCCAGUUCCUUAGGCGUGGUCGUCGUUGGCACUGGCGUCACAACGAUCUAUGAGCCUCUCUCGACUUCUGGCUCCGGGAGCGGUAAUGCCACUAAGAUUGUGGUCGUAGGCGGAACCACUCUUACUGGAACCACUCUUACUUCUGACCCUGGCUCAGAGACCGUCAGCACUGCUACUGCCGACACCACUUUGACCGCUGGCAAUGCCACACUUACCUCUGGCGAUGAUUCGCAGACCACAACCUCCACCACAGGCCGUACAACUGGCGGCAUCACCGCUACAACCCGCAGCAACCAAGAGACCGCCGGCACUGCAGCCCCAAGCCCGUCUGUGACCACAAUCAGCAUCAGCGGCGGCAGCGAAACCACCCUGACCAUCACGCCACCGCCUAUCACAGGAACAUCGACACUCGCACCUUCCGACGUGCAGUCCAGCGUGUCCAGUGCUUCCAGCGUGGUCGCAGCUUUCAUCGGCGGCACAGGUGCAGUCGGUGGGGUGAUUGCUGCUCUCGGAAUAGCGCUGGGAGAAGGGCUCGGAGCCGCCGGUGCAGGCCUCAUUGGGCCGCUCAGCGCUGCCCUCACUGAUGCCGGUGCGGGUGCGUUGGGGGCGCUGGGAACCGAUGUUGCCGCUGCUGGAGGCGCCGCAGCUGCUUUGACCUCCGGGGGCGGUGGUGACGGGGAUGGCGAUGGCGAUGGCGAUGGAGAUGACGGUGACGACGACGACGACGACGACGACGAAGAGACGUCCACCAAGCAGACCACAACCCAAAAGUCUACCGAGACUUCCACAGGCUCGACCUCCACGUCUUCACAGUCUUCAUCUUCAUCAUCUUCAGCCCCGGCAUCCGAAGGAUAUAUCGAACUCGUUACGGCCUACUACGACCCCAUUGGCGAUCAAGUGCCGUUAACAUUGACCCCAACCUUCACGCUUACUUACCCAGCAGACACUACUUCCACGACCAGCACCGGCACUGAAACCACUGACACCACUGGCACCCCGACCUCCACCGCUAAGACGUCCACCCCUACGACCUCAACGGCCUCGGAAACCUCUACAUCCUCCGCCAGCACCAGCACUCCAACCUCCACCUCCACCCCUUCAACUCCUACUACCGAUUCCACUUCCACUCCAACAACCAGCUCUCUGACCUCCAGUCUCCCUCCGAUCACGCACCUGGGCCACGGUCCAACCACACUCCCCCAUUUCACUCUGACCACCACCAGUCAGAUCACCACCCUGAAGCCCAUUAGUCCAGUGUUCCCGCUCCCGGAGAGCUCCAGCUUCAUCUACAGCUACAGCUAUUCUUCCGCACCGGGCGGGAUCUUUGCGCCGUUCUGA